GUAACUGUGCCAUUUCUGUCAAUCAAACAGCCCAGUGGACUUUUCUCAUCCAGUGGCUUUUGAGAAUGCUGAAAUUGGGCAGUGUCCUGACUUUGCCCUGCCCCCUCCCCCACCUGACAAGGAAGAGGAGGAAGAUGAGGAUGAGGAUGAGGAAAAGGGACAACCCAAACUGGAACACGUAGCCCCACCCAUGGAGACUGUUAGGAUACUACCUUCACCUUCCACGGCCCCGCCCCCUGCUGAGGUCAGCCCCCUUUCUGAGGUGCCCGAUGUCAAUCAAAAAGCGGUCCAGUGUGCGGCAGAGGCGGAGCCUGUGGUCUUGGAAUUAGCAAAGCAGUUUGGCCUGUCACGGAACAGUCACUUGGCGUUCGAGUUCGACGACAAGAAAGUGAAAAACAGCCUGCUGGUUGAGUUCGAGCUGAAGACCCAGGCAGACUCAGGCUUGGCGUUCUACAUGGCGCGGGUGAACCACGCCGACUUUGCCACGGUUCAGGUGAGAGAGGGCAUGGCCCACCUCAGCUUCGACCUGGGCAGCGGAAACACGUCCGUCAGCGUCCCGCGCAUCAUCAACGAUGCCCACUGGCACAAGAUACGAGUAUGGCGGGAUAAGCAGCGAAGUAUCCUGACUGUGGACGGCCGGUACUCCAAACACACUGUCAGUCCUAAGAAAGCCGAUAUCCUGGAUGUAGUUGGGAUGCUGUAUGUUGGAGGACUUCCACUGAACUACACCACCAAACGCAUUGGACCGGUGGUGUACAGCAUCGAUGGCUGUAUCAGAAACUUCCGGAUGCAGAAUAGGUCAGUAGACAUGGAGAACCCGGUCUCAAGCUACCGGGUGGGGUCGUGUUUCGCCAACCCUCAGCCUGGCUCCUACUUCGAUGGCACUGGAUACGCUAAAGCAGUGGCCACAUACAGAGUAGGUAACGACAUGUCAGUAGAUCUGGAGUUCCGCACAAGCAGUAGCAGCGGAGUUCUACUGGCCAUCAGCAGUCAGAAGAUGGAUGGCGUGGGCAUCGAACUGAACAACGGCAGGCUCCUGUUCCAUGCUGAUAACGGAGUGGGCCGCGUCUCAGCUGCCCACCAACCUGAUGAGGAGGCGGGGCUUUGUGACGGACAGUGGCAUUCUGUCACCGCCCACAAGCUGAAGCACCGCCUGGAACUGAUCGUCGAUGGCAAGAAGUCAGAGGCAGCGAGCCCAGAUGCCCGCUCUGCCUCCGCCGACACCAAUGACCCUGUCUAUGUGGGAGGAUACCCCGAGGGCUUAAAGCAGUUUGGCCUGACCAUCAGCACCUCGUUUAAAGGCUGUAUGAGGAACGUGAAACUCACUAAAGCAGGAAAGGUCCUGGAGGUUCAGCUGAACAAAGCACUGGACCUCAAAGGAGUCCAGCCUCUCACCUGUCCCACUGUAUAGUUACACACACACACAUCACACACAUCAGUGCACAUACACAGACACACACACACACACACACACUCACACACACAUUGACAUAUACACAUACAUAGACGCACACACGUAUAUAAAGUCUCACAUAUCUUGUUAAUUCAAUAUCAUAUGUGAUGUUCUGGUGACAUGACUAUGAAUCGAAAAAAAGAAUCAAAUGAAGACCCUUACCAAAGAUUCAUUUUGAAUGUCCUCGCUGAUAUCCAUCACCACAGCAACAAAAGUGGCAUGGCCCUCCUCUUCUGUUGGCUCAGUGGGCUAACCAGCAACAGGAAGAAGUGAUGUGUGUAAGCGGACUGUUGGAGAGACUCUGUCACCUUUAGGUCCGACUCCAGUCACGGAUGGUACCAUAUACCUCCAUCGCUGUUUCAAACAUACGUCCAUUCCUGGGUUGCAAUUAGAUUAAUUAAAUAAUUACACACAUUUAAUGCACCCCUAAAAUAAAAUGUUUAUUUAACCUUGA